AUGUUUGAAGCAAAGCUCACAGAAGGACUUAUUUUAAAGAAGAUCGUUGAGUCAAUCAAGGAUAUCGUCACUGACGUCAACAUCGACAUCUCCCCAUCAGGCAUUUCCCUCCAAGCCAUGGACUCAUCUCACGUCGCUUUGGUCUCAUUGAACUUGUCAAUGGACGGAUUCGAGCACUACAGAGCUGACACCAACAUGGUAUUGGGAGUCUCCAUUGCCAACUUGGCUAAAGUCAUGAAAUUGGCUGACAACAACGACCAAAUCACCCUCCAGGCAGACCAAGAAGCCACCCACCUCAAGAUUAUCUUCGAGAACCCCAAGACCGAGAGAACCACUGAGUUCAACUUGAACCUCAUCACCAUCGACAGCGAGCACCUCGCCAUCCCAGAGACCGAGUACUCCUCAGUCGUGACCAUCAACUCAGGAGAGUUCUCCAAGAUCUGCAAGGAGCUCUUCUCUCUCAGCGAGACUGUUUAAAUCACCACCAACACUGACUACGUUCAAUUCUCAGUUGAAGGUGAAGUCGGUUCUGGGCAGGUCAGACUCGGACACAACGACUCAGAAAAGAAGGAAGACCAAACCAUUCUUGAAGUCAGCGAGAGCGUCCAGUAAUAGUUCGCCAUCAGAUACCUCAACAUGUUCAACAAGGCAUCCACUCUCUCUAGCUUUACCAGACUCUGCCUCCACCAAGAGCAACCACUUGUAGUUGAGUUCAAAAUCGAUAACCUAGGUGUACUCAAGUACUUCUUGGCCCCCAAGAUCAGCGAUGAAUGA